AAUCCUUCUGUUUCACAAGCGAUAAGAAAUAUUCCUCUGGGGCUAGAUGAGUACAAUCCUUUCUCCAAUUCAAGAACAACUCCUCCAGGAAAUGUGAAAAUGCCUAAUGUACCCAGUGCCCAGCCAGCAAUAAUGAAACCAACAGAAGAACCACCUGCUUACAUGCAGAUUGCAAAGGAGCAUGCCUUGGCCCAGGCGGAACUGCUAAAGCGUCAAGAAGAACUGGAAAGAAAAGCAGCUGAACUAGAUCGCAGAGAAAGGGAAAUGCAGAGUCUCAAUCAGCAGAGGGAUAGAAAAAAUAACUGGCCACCUCUUCCUGAGAAUUUUCCAGUGGGUCCAUGUUUCUACCAGGACUUUUCUGUAGACAUUCCUGUAGAAUUCCAGAAGACAGUAAAGAUUAUGUACUAUUUAUGGAUGUUCAAUACAGUUACACUAUUUCUUAAUAUCUUUGGAUGUUUGGCCUGGUUUUACAUUGAUGCUACACGAGGGGUUGAUUUUGGAUUGAGUAUCCUCUGGUUCUUGCUUUUUACCCCUUGUUCUUUUGUCUGCUGGUACAGACCACUUUAUGGAGCUUUCAGGAGUGACAGUUCAUACAGGUUCUUUGUGUUCUUCUUUGUAUAUAUAUGUCAGUUUGCUGUACAUGUACUUCAAGCUGCAGGAUUUCAAAGAUGGGGAAACUGUGGGUGGAUUUCAUCUCUUACUGGUCUUAAUAAGAGUAUCCCUGUUGGCAUUAUGAUGAUAAUCAUAGCUGCACUUUUCACAGCAUCUGCUGUUAUUUCAUUAGUUAUGUUUAAAAAGGUGCAUGGUCUCUACCGCACAACUGGUGCUAGUUUUGAGAAAGCACAGCAGGAGUUUGCAACAGGAGUGAUGUCCAACAAAACUGUACAAACUACUGCAUCCAACACCACAUCAACAGCAGCAACCAUUGCAGCUCAGAAUGUGUUCAAGAGUAACUGAAUGUAGAGAAAUAUGAAAAGUCAUGAUGGUUCUCUUCGAUUGUACUUUAUUUUCCAGUCACUUAUAUUCUCUAAAAACAUAGAUCAAAAUACACACAGCAUGUUUGUCUUUUCUGCAGCUGUGCAUGGGUAAAAUGGGAACUGUUUAUUUUAUUAUAAAUUUAUUUAUAUUAAAAAGACAACCAUUCUUUGCCCGUCUUGAAAAUGUUGCAUUUCAGAAUAUAAAGCCUUUCAUAUUUUAUGGAGGAUAAAUAAUUUCAACAAUUGGCCUAAGGAUGAAUUAUCAUGUAUAACAAUCAAAUAAAUAUAUUAAGAAUUUGGGGGUUUCCUUAGUGGUUCACUGGUAUUUUUUUUAACUUCAGGAAAGCACUUUGGAUCAAUUUUUUCUUCUUUGUAAGAACUGUUUUCCCUAUUUCUACUAUAAGAAGUGGAAUAGACUGAGAGAUAUAGAAAGUUAGAUUUGUCUAUUGCUUUUGCAAUUUCAGCAGCUGCUGGAGAACAAAUACAAGUAGAUAUUAUAAAUUAUUUUCUUGGGUUUUUUUAAGAUAAGGCUUUUGAUAUAAACCUGUAAGUUUGCAUGAAUACUGUUAUCUGAUCUUUUUUAAAUAAUGUUUUGGUCCAGGAUUUACCUGCACCACUUUAUAAUUAUAGUGUUUGUUUGUAUCUAUUUCCAUGGAGUAUUCUUUACCUGUGAGAAAUUACUAUGGUGCAGAAACAUUCCUUGUAAUAGAAUGUGUAAUACAGUGUACAGUUUAAGGAUGUUAAUUGAUGGUUUCAAUCACAGAAAUAAAUUAUUAUAUACUUGCUAUUUUUAAUUUCAAUAUUCAUGUGUUGUGGUAAUAAUUUUGCUGGAAAAGAAACAACCCUUUGGAACACUAGUUUCAUGCCCCCCUUCCCUCUUACAUGCAGUGGUAUUUUUGUUGUGUUUGGGAUUUUUAAAAUAUUUUUUUAGUGUAGAUUUGUUUAACAGUGGUACUAAAUCUCUAGCCUUGUCAGCCACUGUGUUUACUUGUCCAAAAAUCUAAAUAUACAGUAUUUAAUUUUCUACCAGGAAUAUUGUCUAAAAUCAAGCUUUUUAAGCAAUGACGCUUAACAGAUAUAUGAUUUCAUUUUAACGUAAUUCAGCCAUCUCUGUGAUUUGAACUGGGGAAAAAAGCUUUUAAACUUUUUUGAAUUAGAAAAGUGAGAAAUCUUCAUCUUUCACAAAGUUAAAUUUUAACUUAUUGAACUGAAGGCCUAAGAGGUUAAAUUGGUGUUGUGGAACUGAACAAUCCAUAAUGGUAUAUGCCAUCAAAAUACCCUAAAAUUUAACCAGGUCUUACUAUAAAGUGAUGUUUCUCUUCUUUGAAGGUUAUUUGAUAUUCUUGGAUUGCCUCAUGAGUCUUCUGCACAAUACUUAGGGAUUUUUUUAAAACUAUUUUAGAAAAUUAAAACAGGAAGGGAUCACAUCCCACAACCGGUAUAAGUAUACGCUGUAGCUGAAAUGAAUUCAGCUCUUAAGGUGAAUUACCUUUAGUAAGACUGAGCAUAAAACUCUGAGGCCCCUCCAUAUUCUGAAUGUGGACAGACUUUCAUAAUUAAUUCUUUUUCACUAGAGUCUAUUCUUAAUAACAUAAGAGCAUUACAAAAAAAUAAAACCCUUAGCUUAAUCCCUGAAUCAGUAUUGUACUGUUAGCAUGAAGUCCCUAUUAGUGUCCUUUCUUUUACCAAUUUCUUUAAAUCCAACUUGAAUUUGGAUAAAUGUAGUAGUUUCAUCUAUGCUGAAGUUUGUAUUAAUAAAUAUACUUGCUUCUAAAUAUUCUUUGCAUCAUGAAGUUAAAAGUAAUUUAAAUAUUCUCUGUAAUAGGGGGUCUAAAAUUCUAUACUAGUGGACAUGCUAUCAUUUAACUUAAAUUUGUGUGGAAUGUUAUUAAAAGCUUUCCAGACAAAAGUCACCAUUUUCUGUUGAGAUCAGGCAUCACACUUCUACCAGGUGUAUAUCAAGAUUGUUCUUUUCAUAAUUUUUUUCAUUAACUUGAGAGUUGUAUCUAGGCACUCUUCUAUGGAUUACUUUUAAAUCUAAAUUUAAGCAAUUCUCUUGGAUAUCUCUUGGAUAUGAAUCCUAGGGACAUCAUUCUUGCAAUUUAAUUUAAGUUUUAAGAUUGCAUAAUAACAUACAUUACCAUAAUAUAUACUGGAAAAAAUAUUAGGAAUAAAACUUGAAUUUGGCAAGUAGAUUUCUUUUUUUUUCCCCAAAAUGAUUAACUGCUCUUUGAGAAAACAUAUUUAAUGUUCUGUGUAUAGGGACUGUUGAUUUGUAAUGACAUGGGUUGAAUGUACACAUUUAAACCUCCUAAAUGAAACUGAAGAUUCAGUUAUACAUGAACUGUUAAAAUCAGAAACCUCUGAUACUUUGCAGCCCAAAAGGGAGGGAGAAGUUUGAGUUUAGCUUUGACAACAGAAGGUUGAUGAUAUUUGUUAAAAUAUUUUGUACCCGACUAAAACUAGAUUUUGCAGUCUUAUUUAUCAGAGUAUGGCAUGCACUUAAGCUUUAAUUUUUUAGUAUUGUGGCAAAUUGAGUACAUAGUAUGAAGUUUAAACACUGGAAUGUCUGUAGUCAUUGAUCUGUAAUGUAGGAUAUGUUUUUAUUUAUCUGGGGGAUGUUUGUAUAUUUUGUAAAUUGCUAACAAUGCUCUGCCAUCCUGGUGAAUGUCACGGUUCCCUACAAAUGCACUUCUUCUGUCCCUCUGUUUCAUGUCUGAGUAAAUCAGAAGUUUUGUGUAUUUAUUGUAUUAACACAGUGUCAUAGAAUUAAAAAAAAACUUUUUUCCUGGAUGUUUGCUCUGAACAGUUUUGAAGAAUAUAGGGAUUUUUCUUUUAAAGGUCAGGGUAACACAUGGCGGCUUGAUCUAUGUAAAAGUCUGUCCUGUUUUCAGCUGGGAUAGAGUUAAUUUUCUUCUUAGUAGCUAAUACAGUGCUGUGUUUUGGAUUUGGUGUGAGAACAAUGUUUAUAGGACACUGAUGGUUUUAGUUGUUGCUGAGUGAUGUUUAUACUAAAUCAAGGGCUUUUCGGUUUCUUGGGCCCUGCCAGCCAGAGGGCUGGAGAGGCACAGGAAAUUGGGAGGGGACACAGCCAGGACAGGUGACCCAAACUAGCCAAAGGGAUAUUCCAUACCAUAUGACGUCAUGCUGAGUAUAUAAAAUGGGGGAAGAAGAAGGAAGGGGCGACAUCUGGCAUUAUGGCAUUUGUGGUCCCGAGCAAUCAUUAUGCGUGAUGGAGCCCUGCUUUCCUGGGGAUGGCUGAACACCUGCGUGCCCAUUGGAAGUGGUGAAUGAAUUCCUUGGUUUGCUUUGCUUGUGUGUGCAGCUUUUGUUUUACCUAUUAAAUUAUUCUUAUCUCAA